UACAACUUUAGGUUGCUGUUUGGAGGACAUCAGGAACAUGAAGUCUAGCGACAUGGCGUGGGUGGUUGCCAACGCGGUGGUAGUUGCGAGUCGAACCUAUCACUUCAUUGAAGCAUAGCCAGCUUCAAUUGCAGGAAUGCUUUUGAGGAAACGAUUGAAAUAGUGCCUUACCGAUUUUCCUGUACAAGAACCUUUUGGGGAAGAAUGAUUGAAUUGCCAAUCUAACUGAUACACGACAAAGCUCAAUUCGCUCGCUAGCUUACCAAUUUGCCUUCAUUAUUUUCCUCUUUUGAUUAAUUUAUACACAGAAACCUCGAAAGUCAUUUGAUCUAGCAGUUGCAGAUAUCACAAUGAAGAGAGCAAAUAGCUUUCAGAGGUUCAUGAACAGUCGAGCCGCAGCCAACUGCCGGUAUCAGCCCACCUGCUACGAGCAUGCUGCUAACUGCUACACACACGCGCUCCUCAUCGUGCCAGCCUUUGUGGGCAUGGCCCUGCUCCACCGGCUAUCGGACGACCGCUGGGAGAAGAUCACGGCCUGGGUGUACGGCAUGGGCCUGUGCGCCCUCUUCCUUGUCUCCACCGUCUUUCACAUCAUCUCAUGGAAAAAGAGCCACAUGAGGAACGUGGAGCACUGUUUCCACAUGUGCGACCGUGUCGUCAUCUACUUCUUCAUCGCUGCCUCCUACACACCCUGGUUGAAUCUGCGUGAGCUGGGUCCUCUGGCGAGUCAUAUGAGGUGGUUUGUCUGGUUGAUGGCCGCUGCAGGGACUAUUUAUGUCUUCAACUACCAUGAGAAGUACAAGCUGGUUGAGUUGGCCUUUUAUCUGACGAUGGGAUUCUUUCCUGCUUUGGUGGUGACCUCAAUGAACAACACGGACGGCCUGCACGAGCUGGCUUGCGGUGGCCUGAUCUACUGCCUGGGGGUCUUCUUCUUCAAGUCGGACGGGGUUAUCCCGUUCGCCCACGCCAUCUGGCACGUGUUUGUGGCGCUGGCGGCGGCCGUGCACUACUACGCCAUCUGGAAGUACCUCUACCGGACCCCCGAGGCCGAGGAAAUCAGGGAGGCCUGAUCGCGGGAUCGGGAUCGGGCCUAUUGCUCCACAUCUCUUCUGCCUCAAUCUUCUCUCUUUCUCCUUUUCUUCUCUUCUUCUUCUCCUCCUUUUAACUCCGUCUCUCCUCCUCCUCAUCCUCUCUGGGAUAAUCUUCUAUCCUUCAUUCCCUCAGCUCUGCUGACAGCAGAGGGCAGUGUGCUCUUAUCGGUACUCUCACUCCUGCAUCUCCUCUCCUCCCUCCUCCUCUGCUGUAGUCCUUCAUCUAUUGUAUAGACGAAUUAGUGGUACAGCCAAACUGUGCAGACCUGUACAGAGUGCAUGCCUCCCUGCUUGGCGUCGGCACCAGUGAUUGGUAGAAGACAUGUCAACGUGGUGGCGCUGAUGUGUACUCUGCCCUACAAAAGCAAAGUGCAGUAACUACACAUUUUGUCUUUAUCUUGUGACAAAACCUCAUGGCCCAAUUGUGACCCAUUUUAGAGAUAUUGCUACGUCAAAUUUGCAGUAAAUACAAUAUCUAAACUAAUACAGAGGCUUUGAAGGCAUUUUUCCUGUUGGCGUAGUUACUGCACUUUGCCUUUUUAGGGCAGUAUUGUUAAGAGAUCACUGCUGCAGAGAUGCUUCAUUAGGAACUUGUUAGG